AUAUAAGAAGGGGGAUGAAGGUUCGAAAUUAAGAGAUAACAUUAAAAAUGAUGAGUAUGAUUUGAAAAGAUUAGAGAUAACUCACGAUGAAUUAGCAUAUGACUCCCCUUUAUACUCUACGAAUAACCUUUCCUCCUCUUCUUUACAAGUUAGUUUCAAUGAUCAAGAAUUUCAGGGAACUAUUUCCAAACUUGAAGAGUUUUAUGCUCAAAUUAUUAUGCAAAAAAAAAUCCUCAAUGUUGAAUUAAAACAUCUUAAAUCUUUUAGUAAUUCUUUGACGACCGUUGAUUUAAUUCGAUAUACGCAGACAAAAGAAAAUUUUCAUUUUCUAAGAUCGGUAAAUAAUCCUACCAAAAGAUUGUUAUCAAAAGAAUCUGAUCAACGAGACGAAGAAGAAGCUAAAAUUGAAGAAUCACCAAUGCUUAAUAAACCUAUUACCACUUCUUCUCAAUCUUCUCAAAAAGAUCAAGAUACUACCCCAAUGCUUCAACAACUUUAUUUUCAAAUUCAAAAUAUAAUUGCCAAAAGAAUCAAUAGUCAAAUUAAAUUAAGAAGUCUCAGUAUAGUAAAUACCUUUAUUAGAGAUCUAUUAAUGAGAGAAUUUAAAGUGAAACUGUUAGUAUUUUUACAAAGUCCAGAAGAAUACAUCAAGAGAGAUAUAAUGUCAAGAUUGCCAGCAGAAUAUAGCAGUUAUACUGAAUAUACGCGUAGCAAAAAGUUAAAUUCUUUAUCAACAAAAACAAAAGAAAGG